GCCUCCUUACAAACAAGCUGAUUUCGCAAUGGGCUCUUCAUAUUUUUUAUGGACUCGGAUUCAAACGAGGCUUUUAGUUGUUAAAGCUCGAAUGUCCAGCCAUUGCAGGCCUGCUCGAGAAAGGGCGGUUCGGCUUCAGUUCCGCUUAACCGGAGACUUCCCGGAGGGAAACCAGAAAACGGACGCAGAGGAGAAACCCGGAGAACGAGAAAACGUUUGGCAAUCUGAACGUUUUGAAACCUUUCUCCAAACCCCAAACUCCCGCGCUCACUUCACUCUUCGAAGUCAAUUUCUUCCUUCUUCACUCCAAUUCCUAACUCGCAGAAGAACCCGUAGCUUUGCUUGACUGAUUCAUCCAUGGCGCAUCUUCCGAUUGUUCAAUUCGAGGAGCAGAUCAUUAGAACGGUGGAAGACAAUUCGGUGGUGGUCGUCAUCGGAGAGACAGGUUCCGGUAAAAGCACACAACUCUCGCAGAUGCUGCACCGCCAUGGCUACUCCAAGCGAGGAAUAAUCGGCGUCACUCAGCCUCGUCGAGUUGCUGCUGUCUCCGUUGCCAGACGAGUCGCUCAGGAGCUCGGCGUUAAGCUUGGGGAGGAAGUAGGUUACGCGAUUCGGUUUGAAGAUAGGACUUCAGAUUUAACGCGAAUCAAAUACCUCACUGAUGGAGUCCUUCUCCGAGAAAGUUUAUCUGACCCUGAGCUUAGCCAUUAUUCGGUCAUUAUAUUGGAUGAAGCCCAUGAGAGGAGCUUGAACACAGACAUUCUAUUGGGUCUGGUGAAGCGAUUGACUAAACUGCGUGCCUCCAAUUUGAAAGUUCUGAUCACAUCUGCAACUCUGGAUGGGGAGAAAGUAUCUGAAUUCUUUUCUGAGUCCCCGAUUCUGAACGUCCCUGGAAAGCUAUACCCUGUGGAAGUAGUAUACAGUAGGGAACGUCCUAUAAGUUAUACGGAAUCUUGCCUGAAAACAGCUCUAGAUAUACAUCGUAAUGAACCUGAAGGUGAUGUGCUGAUAUUCAUGACCGGACAGGAUGAUAUUGAGAAGCUGGUCUCGAAAUUGGAGAAUAAGAUUCGAGGCCUAGAGGAAGGUUCCUGCAUGGAUGCAAUUAUCCUCCCUCUUCAUGGUUCUUUGCCACCUGAAAUGCAGGUGAAAGUGUUUAGUCCUGCUCCUCCAAAUUGUAGGCGAUUUAUUGUUGCCACGAACAUUGCUGAAACUUCUUUGACUGUUGAUGGAGUUGUGUAUGUUGUUGAUUCGGGUUAUGUAAAGCAAAGGCAAUACAAUCCAUCAACUGGCAUGUAUUCUCUUGAUGUUGUUCAGAUCAGCAAAGUGCAAGCAAAUCAGCGUGCAGGGCGAGCAGGGAGGACGCGCCCUGGAAAGUGCUAUAGGUUAUACCCUUCCUUAAUGUAUCAAGAUGAAUUGCUCGAUGUGACUGUCCCAGAGAUACAGCGAACUUCACUUGCUGGCACCGUCCUUUACUUGAAGUCCUUGGAUCUCCCUGACAUUGAUAUUCUUAAGUUUGAUUUCCUGGACCCGCCUUCUGCUGAGUCGCUAGAAGAUGCUUUAAAACAACUGUAUCUAAUUGAUGCAAUUGAUGAAAAUGGAGCAAUCACAAGUAUUGGACGGACAAUGGCUGAACUGCCACUAGAACCCUCACUUUCCAGAACAUUAUUAGAAGCAAAUGAGAACGGUUGCUUAUCCCAAGCUUUGACUGUUGCUGCUAUGUUAUCUGCAGAAACUUCAUUGCUUCCUAAUCGAAGUAGCAAGAACAAUGAAAAGAAGAGGAAACAAGAACCUGUAGAACUCCCUACUGGAUCUGGUUAUGGUGAUCACAUCCAGAUGCUACAGAUCUAUGAGCAAUGGGAUCAGAAUGGGUAUGACAUUAGGUGGUGCAGAGAUACUGGCUUGCAGGAGCGAGGAAUGGUGUUUGUUAAAGACGUCCGGAAACAAUUAUGUCAGAUUAUGCAGAAAAUUGCCAAGGGUUCAACCGAUGUACGAGCCAAUCGAAGAUACCGUGAAAGCGAACAUGAUUAUAGGAAUUUAAGGAAGGCCUUGUGUGUAGGCUACGCAAAUAGGCUUGCUGAGAGAAUGAUUCAGCACAAUGGUUACAGAACUAUAGGGUUCAAGCCUCAACUAAUUCAGGUGCACCCUUCUUCAGUGCUAAAAGCUGACGAUGACGGAAUGUUCCCAAACUAUGUUGUCUAUCAUGAGCUUAUCACCACUUCUCGUCCAUACAUGCGGAAUCUCUGUACUGUGGAGAUGAGAUGGGUCUCUCCCAUUUUCAAGAAGCUUGAGAACUUGGAUGUCAGCAAACUCAGUGGAGGACUUCAUCGUGAUGUAAGAAAUGGAGAAGGAAAAUCCUUGACGAAAAAAGAACAUGUUGCUGCUAGGAUUCCCGACGACCAUGAGAGCAGAGUCCUGGCUGCUCGUCAACGGUUUCUCGCUCGAAAAGCACAGAAAUGAGUUUCUCUCAUCAUUCGUUUGCCUCAAGUACCAGUCAUUGAUACAAGGACUCGUCAAAGUGAAAAGCUGCUAGACAUCUCUGGAGUCUGAACUAAGCUUAGCUUCACCUUUCUGGUAGCUCGUGAGAUCCAAAAGCCUCUGAGCGCUAGAGUUCUACUUGCACAGUUACACUAGUAGGCUCCCGCAUCUGUCUAUUUUCGGCUGUAUUUCCCCCAUGUAUGCUUUCAUUAACACUGGAACACUAAAACGAAUGGCAGUGAUAGUGAAGAACAACUGCUGUAGGAUUGUAUUUGUAGCACUGCCAGAUUUACAGAGAUCUGAACUCCUUGCUGAUUACAACUGUUAUUGCUUGUCACCCGAUGUUGCAAAACAGGAACCCAAAGCUGAUGCACUUGCCGAAGUUAGCAUGGGAGCCUGUUCGCAGAAACCUUGUUCCAUUUUUAUCUCCACUGCAUAGUAACAUUCCAUGCUUUCAUCACGGCCUCAUAGGGAACUUCACAAGGGUUGAAAAAGUUCGGAUGGAAACGAGUUUGCAGAAACAGAGCCAGCAUCAAGCAGUACAAAACAAAAGCUACGCCAAAGAGCACAACAGCACCACUGGACCUCAAACAAACACUCCACAGUUCCGCAAAGCCAUCAAGAAGGCAUCAGCAACGCUCUAGCGACAAUCUAUAGCAGCUUCCGACAGAAAACGAUCGCCGCAUCAUCCAACCAGCAAUCAAUUGAGGAACUUCUUGAUUUCCCAUGAGCCACAAGCCAAUCCAACAUCGACCUAACAAUACUACUCCGACGAGUGGCUUGCUUAGCUGAUAAAUUAACUGGUUUCUCUCUGGCCAUAGCAGACACCACUCACCAAUAGAUUUCAUACUGUCAGUUAAUUUUGAACUUGUUGUACUGAGCUGCUUAUUUUACCAGCGUACAAACACGCAAAAUCAAGCAAUGGAAUUGAUAUUACUUGAUAGAAUUCCUUUGACAAUAAGGAGUCUACAGCUAUCUGUAGCCUCGCAGAUAGCAAACUACAAGUAUUGAACUAAAAUUGGUGGGGUGAUUCUAGUAGAAACGACCCUCCAAAAAUAGACGUAUGCCUCUGUUAAGCAGCGCGCACACGGUAUUCUUUAGUAAAAGGCGAAAGAAUAGUUCGCUAUGUGCUCACUGCAAGGCUGCGUGCUUUCGAAUGGAAGGGAUUGCUUGCCUUUUAAACCAGAGCUGGUGAUCGUCUCGUGCAUGAUUUGGCGAUGUGGUAGAAGUGCUUUACUACUGAGAUAGAGCUUGUUGUCUGUGGGCUUCGCUUCAUCGUGUUAUAAAUUGCCCAGCUUAUAAAUGGGUUUUCACUUCAGCUUGGGCCCGCCAACCUUACUACCACAUACCAUUUUGCGCCCAAACUUCUACCAUAGGGUCCCCUUGAAACUUGAAUCACUCCAAGCCAAGGUUGUCAAACCGGUUUAAGUCAUUGAGCCGGUCAAGCAAGGGGUUUGAGGUUUAAUGGUCUGAUCGGGGUCCGGCCGGUUUGAGCCGUUUUAGACGUUUUCUAAAUAUAUAUACAAAUAAAGUAGUAAUUAAAAA